ACCGGGUGUACCGGGUUUUUGUGCAACCGGGUUUGGUUUGAUAAUCGCUCAGCUCUCUUUUAUUACGCGGAUUACUUUUCUAGCCAUCGCAUGCGAGAGUCUUCGCUCCGUGUCCAUCUCAUCAACUUUUCUACAUCUUGCAUAACUCAUCAACAUGGAUUUUCCUCGAGACGUCGAAAAGGACUCUCUUCUCGAUCUUUAUGGGCUUCGAACACCACCACUUUCGAUCGACGAAACCAAUGAGAUUCAAACAGAAGCCUUGUUAAGACCUCGGUUGUCGAACAGAACCCGUACCGUCCCUUCACAGACAUAUCGUACGCUCCGGGAUGUCACGAUUGGAUUCAUGCUAGCGAGUGCGGUUUGGGUGACCCCUUGGAUGGUAGCGCGAACCGAUUGGUCUUGUGCCCGGCGACUCCUUCAUCAUCUUUUUGACCACUCGAACAACCCAUUCCCGAGUGGUGAUCAUAUUGGUUACGCAGGACCUGCCAGAGCUGGCAGUGAACCUUUUGCUGCUGUAACUGCCAAAGUGCCACCACAACUUGAAUCUUACUUCCCCUUGGUCCCACCGCAAUCAAACAAGUCAAACGAUUUUGAUCCCAUCAGGUCGUGGGGUUAUCUAUCCCCAUUCCAGUCCUUGCCACAUGACACCUUUGGGCUUGAAUCAGCUACCGCGAAGGUCCCGCCUACCUGCGAGCUUGAGCAAGUCCAUAUGCUCCACCGUCACGGUGCCCGGUAUCCUACAAGCUCAAAGGAGCCAGCUGGUUUCGCCAAUCGCCUUAAAGCUGCCAAGGGUUAUAAAGCCACAGGACAAUUGGAAUUCUUGAACAACUGGAAGUAUGGAUUGGGUAUCGAGAUUCUUACCCCUUUUGGUCGCAAUCAAUUAUUCAAUCUCGGUGUUGGGUUCCGUCAAAAGUACGGUCAUCUUUUGGAUCGAAUGACAGAUUCUACUAAGAAGUUAGUGUUCCGGACUACCAGUCAAAACAGGAUGUUACAUAGUGCUUUGAACUUCGCUGCUGGAUUUUGGGGUAUUCCAUUUGAGUCGCAAUAUCAUCAAUCUAUCUUGAUAGAGGCCAAAGAUUUCAAUAAUACGCUAGCACCUUACUUCACUUGUGACAAUGGCAAAGAAGCAAGUGGGACCUAUGUGUCUGAAAUAUUAGCUAACUGGUCUGCUAUCUAUUUAGCUGAUACUCUUCCUAGACUACAAGCCGAUCUAGAUGGUUACACUUUGACAUUCAAAGAUCUGGUCUCCAUGCAACAGUUGUGUGCCUACGAGACUGUCAGCUUUGGCUGGUCAUCUUUCUGUGAAUUGUUUACUCCUGAAGAAUUCAAAGGGUUUGCUUAUUACUCAGAUCUUGCAUUCUGGUAUGCUUACUCCUUCGGGUCCCCAGCGGCGGCUGCUUUAGGGAAAGGAUGGGUUCAAGAAUUGCUUUCUCGCUUGACUAAAACCAACAUAGCUGAAUUCGAUAGUACUGUGAACUCUACCCUACAUCUCAACCCGGUCACGUUUCCUUUGGAUCAACCUAUAUACGUUGAUGCGACCCAUGACACGGUCAUCUCUUGUAUAAUCGUAGCCUUGAAUUUGACUACCUUGGCAUCUGAAGGCCCGCUUCCAACAACUUACAUACCUGAAAAACAAUCAUUUAUUUCAGCUCAUAUUUCUCCUUUUGCUGCAAAUUUACAAACUCAAGUUGUAAACUGUGAUGGAGAGAAACAGAUCAGAUUCCUUCUUAAUGAUGCUCCAGUACCUUUGACUGGUGUCAAGGGAUGUGAAAUCAAUUCACAAGGAUUUUGUUCCUUACAAACGGUGGUGGAUUCACUUACUGAACGCUUGAACGAAAUUGAUUAUAACCACGAUUGCAAUACUGAGCAUGGUUAUAAGCCUCCAGUAGGAGGUGGUGGGAUUGUUGAUGGAAGACCUCCGCGUCGUUCGAUUGUUUAAGAAACACGUUGGAUAACUUACUUUACUUGACGCAUUGAAUUUUCCUAUUUGUUUCUCAAAGUCGUUUCAGAAGUUUCUCUCCCUCUCUCUCUUCAUGUUUUGUUUUCAUCUUUGCAUCUUUUUGUUUACAAAUUUGAUUUCAAAGUAUCAUUAGGUAUGCAAUCAUUUGGAUAACUAUGAUGUUCAACUACAACUUGAGAUUUACUGUGGUCUGAUUC